UCUACAAAAUCUUUGUGGCGACAUCUAUAGACUCUUUCCCCAACUUGUAUAUCCAUCUCAAGUCACGUGGCUCCCAGAGUUUCCCCAUUUUUUCAAGUAUAAGUUCUCGGGCCCUGGCUACAUUGCUACAUUCCAUCCAUAUUCCAUAGUAUAUUGUCAAAUCGAUGGUCAAAACUAUUGUAAAUGGUAAUUUUAAUCAUGAAUAUUUUUAAAUAUAAAUUUAAUUUUAUAAACUUUAAUGAAUACUUGAAUUAUAAUUUAGUAUUUCUUACAACUAAACGAUACAAGAGCUUUAAUAAUGUACCGGGUCCUGUAUCUCUGCCUGUACUAGGAACACUUUACCAAUAUUUUCCUAUAAUAGGUUUUUAUAGAUUUGAUGAAUUGUACUAUAAUGGUCUUAAGAAAUAUAGAAAAUUUGGACCUAUUAUUAGAGAAGAAAUGGUACCAGGAGUUAAUAUUGUGUGGUUGUUUGAUCCCAAGGAUAUAGAAAUUAUGUUUCGUUGUGAAGGAAAGUAUCCUCUUAGGAGAAGUCAUUUAGCUCUACAAAAGUAUCGCUUAGACAGACCAAGUGUAUAUAAUUCUGGAGGCUUAUUACCAACAAAUGGCCCAGAAUGGUUUAGAAUUAGGACUGCUUUUCAAAAAGGGUUGAGUAGUCCUUCGUCUGUAAAACAUUUUUUGGAAGGAUCUGAUCAAAUAAUACAGGAAUGGUUGAAUGUAGUAGAAGAGUUCAGUAAAAAACCCAACGUGGAUUAUCUUCCUGAACUAUCGAGGUUAUUUUUAGAAUUAACUGGUGAAGCUGCAUUAGAUGUUCGAUUAAAUAGUUUCUCAAAAGAUGAGCGUACCAAAAAUUCAAGAACUUCUAAGCUUAUAAAUGCUGCUCUGGAAACCAAUUCCUGUAUAUUGAAAACUGAUAAUGGACCUCAGUUAUGGAGAAAAAUUGAAACACCUUUAUAUAAAAGACUUCGCAAAUCUCAGGAGUACAUGGAAGAAGUUGCUAUAGAUCUGUUGUCACUAAAGAUGUCACUUUUUAAUGAAAGGGGCAAGGACACCCCGCUGACUCUUUUAGAAACAUAUUUAUCAUCACCAGAAUUAGAUUUUAAAGAUGUAAUUGGCAUUGUCUGUGAUUUUUUACUCGCAGGGAUUGAUACAUCAACAUAUACAACAAGUUUUUUACUGCAUCAUCUGGCAAAAAAUCCAACAGUUCAAAAUAGCUUAUACCAAGAGGCUUCCAAACUUUUAACAUCACUAACUAGCCCUGUAACCAGUGAUGUGCUGCAGCAAGCAAUAUAUGCCAAAGCUGUGUUAAAAGAAUCUUUAAGAUUAAGACCAAUUUCAAUAGGAGUAGGAAGAGUUUUGCAGAAAGAGGCUGUAUUUUCCGGAUAUUCAGUACCCCCUGAAACAGUUGUUGUUAGUCAGAAUCAAGUAUCCUGCCGACUCGAGGAGUACUUCGCAUAUCCAGAGGAGUUUAAGCCAGAGAGAUGGAUAAAAAAUAAUCCACUAUAUAAGCAGUCACAUCCAUUUUUAUUACUGCCAUUUGGUCAUGGACCUAGAACAUGUAUUGCAAGAAGAUUGGCUGAACAAAAUAUACUUGUGUUACUUUUAAAAAUUGUAAGAAACUUCCGAAUAGGUUGGAAUGGAGGUAAAUUAGAUUCAAAGUCUUUGUUAAUAAAUGUACCAGAUGGGCCAAUAUCUUUGACUUUUUUCAAGAGGUUAAAGUGAAUUUGAUUAUAAAAACAUACUCUAAUAAAAAUUAUAGAUUUAAAUACAUAUUUUAAUAAUAAUUUUAUAAUGUCUUGUGUAUGGAUUUCAAGGAUACAUAGAGUGUGUACCCGGAUGGGGUACCUCACUCUUGUAAACUUUUUAUUGUUGAUUUUUUGAGAAAAAGUUAUACUUAAUAAAAAGUUUUGUUUAACUUGG